AUGAGUGAAAGUCCACAAAUAUUACAGAAACAGGGUAAAACAGAACCCGAAGAAGUCUUUCAACGACUCGAACAUAUUGGUCGAGGAUCAUUUGGAGAAGUUUAUAAAGGUAUUAAUAUAAAAACAUCGAAUAUAGUUGCAAUUAAAAUUAUUGAUUUGGAAAAAGCUGAAGAUGAAAUUGAAGAUAUUCAACAAGAAAUUCAAGUACUUUCACAAUGUAAUUCACCAUAUAUAACGAAAUAUUUUGGUUCUUAUUUAAAAGAUACGAAAUUAUGGAUUGUUAUGGAAUAUCUCGGUGGUGGUUCAGCACUUGAUCUUAUGAAACCUGGUCCAUUUAAUGAACAGAAUAUAUCAAUAAUUUUACGUGAAGUUCUUAAAGGUCUUGAAUAUUUACAUUCAGAAAAGAAAAUUCAUCGUGAUAUUAAAGCUGCUAAUGUUCUUCUUUCUGAACAUGGUGAUGUUAAAUUAGCAGAUUUUGGUGUUGCUAAACAAUUAACAGAUUCUAUGAAUAAAGGAAGUACAUUUGUUGGAACACCUUUUUGGAUGUCACCAGAAGUUAUACUACAACAUAAAUAUGAUUAUUCGGCAGAUAUAUGGUCACUUGGUAUAACAGCGAUUGAACUAGUAAAAGGUGAACCACCAUAUGCUGAUUUACAUCCAAUGCGUGUUUUAUUUCAAAUUCCUAAAACUCCACCACCACAAUUAACUGAAAAUCAUUCGAAAAGUUUUCGAGAAUUUGUUGAAGCUUGUUUACAAAAAAAUCCCGAACAUAGACCAACAGCUCAACAAUUACGUCGAUUGAAGUUUGUUUCAACAACUAAACCAACGAAAUAUUUAGUGGAAUUAAUUUCACGUUUUCAACAUUGGAAAAAAACUCAUGAGCAUGGUGGAAGAUCAGAUGGUGAAUCAAGUUCAGAUGAAGAUAAGUCAAAAGAAGAAGCAGAACCAUGGGUUCCUACAGUAAAAUUACCAUCAAACUCGCAUGCCGAAUCACAUCAAUUUAAUCCAUUAUUAGAAUCUGUUUUUAAUGAUCUUUCCGUACGUUAUAAUCUUUCACCUUCCGGUAAUAAUUCAGCACGUGAUACACAAACUGGUGUUGAUUUAUUUCAAAAAUUACGACAUUUAUUUGAAGAUACACAAUUACGUUGUCCAGAAUUUAGUAAUGACUUUAUUCGAACGAUGCGUGAACAUAUUGGAAAAGCACAUAAUAUUUCUUCUUCUCCUGUACCUUCUCAUUCAUCAUCAAUUAUAAAUGAUGCUAAAAGCAAGCCGAACAAAAUUCAACUUAAACCGUGUUCAGAUAAACUGAGAAUUUAA